AUGGAGGAAGUGCCCAUGUCUCCGGCGGGCCACGACCAGCAGCAGCAAGCCGCCGGCGUUGGCAUACUGCUUCAGAUCAUGAUGCUCGUCCUUUCCUUCGUUCUCGGCCAUGUCCUCCGCCGUCACCGCUUCCACUAUCUUCCUGAAGCGAGCGGUUUAAUCGUGGGUAUACUUGCUAAUAUCUCCGACACCGAGACUAGCAUUAGUCUUCAACCUAAACCGUUCUUUUCUAAUUUCGGAGCCAUUGUUACCUUUGCUAUCUUCGGAACUCUUGUCGCUUCACUUGUCACUGGUGGUCUAGUUUAUCUUGGCGGCUCAAUGUAUCUCAUGUAUAAACUUCCAUUUGUCGAGUGUCUUAUGUUUGGUGCACUUAUAUCAGCUACGGACCCUGUCACUGUACUCUCUAUAUUCCAGGAACUGGGUACCGACGUCAACCUGUAUGCUUUGGUCUUUGGAGAAUCAGUUUUGAACGAUGCUAUGGCAAUAUCAUUGUACAGAACAAUGUCCUUAGUAAACCGCCAGUCCUCGUCUGGGGAAAGUUUUCUCACGGUGGUGAUCAGGUUUCUUGAGACUUUUGCUGGCUCUAUGUCUGCAGAACACCUCUUUAAGUAUGCAGGAUUGGAUACAGAGAAUCUUCAGAACUUGGAGUGUUGUCUCUUUGUGCUUUUCCCAUAUUUUUCAUACAUGCUUGCAGAAGGUGUUGGUCUCUCCGGCAUUGUGUCUAUACUCUUCACAGGAAUUGUUAUGAAGCGCUACACUUUCUCAAAUCUCUCAGAAGCUUCACAGAGUUUUGUAUCUGCUUUUUUUCACUUGAUAUCCUCGCUGGCAGAAACUUUCACMUUCAUAUACAUGGGAUUUGAUAUUGCCAUGGAGAAGCACAGCUGGUCCCAUGUUGGGUUUAUCCUUUUCUCUAUUUUGUUUAUUGGCGUGGCUAGGGCUGUCAAUGUAUUUGGAUGUGCAUAUGUGGUCAAUUUAGUUAGACAGGAGCAUCAGAAGAUACCUAUGAAGCAUCAAAAAGCCCUUUGGUAUAGUGGACUUCGAGGGGCAAUGGCUUUUGCACUUGCACUUCAAUCACUUCAUGACCUACCAGAGGGUCACGGCCAAAUCAUCUUUACUGCAACCACAACCAUUGUUGUUGUCACAGUUUUACUAAUAGGAGGUUCGACAGGUAAAAUGUUGGAAGCUUUGGACGUUAUAGGGGAUGAUCUUGAUGACUCCAUGUCUGAAUGCUUUGAGGAGAGCGAUCAUCGGUACAUCCCUCCUCCUUUUAGCAUUGGCGCUUCAUCUGACGAGGAUACGUCAUCAUCAGGAAGCAGGUUCAAGAUGAAGCUGAAAGAGUUUCACAAAAGCACUACGUCGUUCACCGCGUUGGAUAAGAAUUUUCUGACACCAUUCUUCACAACUACCAGUGGAGAUGGAGAGGAAGAGUAG